UUCUUUUUCUUCUUCUUUGGUUUUUUGAUUCAAUGCAGUAAUGGCAUCAAGUUCUGGAAACUCCCUUCCUGCUCCUGAGGCGAUUCAGGUUCUGGUUUCAUCGCUCGCUGAUGAAUCCCCAAUGGUUAAGCAAGCAUCCAUGGCCUCCCUUAAAUCCCUCGCUCCUCUGAACCCACUUCUAAUUCUUGAUUGCUGCUUAACGGUAUCUCGAGGCGGCCGUCGGAGGUUUGGGAAUAUUGCUGGUGUAUUUCAAGUAAUGUCGAUUGCAAUUGGUGCCCUGGAAGAAGGGGAAGUGGACACUUCUUAUAUGGCAAAGCUUGCCAAACUUGCUACUGCUGAGAUCAUUUCGUCAAAGGAAAUAAAAGCAGAUUGGCAAAGGGCUGCUUCGUCUUUACUUGUUGCAAUUGGUUCUCAUUUACCAGACCUGAUGAUGGAAGAACUAUUUAUUCACUUGUCUGCACAGAGUUCGGCUCUGCCUGCUAUGGUCCAAAUACUUGCAGACUUUGCUACUUCUGAUGCCUUGCAGUUUACCCCAAGACUUAAAGGAGUGCUUUCUCGAGUUCUUCCCAUUUUGGGGAAUGUUAGAGAUCAGCAUCGGCCUAUUUUUGCAAAUGCGUUCAAGUGUUGGUGUCAAGCCUGUUGGCAGUAUAGUGUGGAGUUCCCUCUUUCAUCGAUUCUUGAUAGUGAUGUCACGUCAUUUCUAAAUUCUGCCUUUGAGCUUUUAUUGCAAAAUUGGGCAACUUCACGAGAUCUCAAGGUUCGGACAUCUGCUGUUGAAGCAUUGGGUCAAAUGGUCGGUCUUGUUACAAGAACAUUGUUGAAGGCGGCUUUACCCAAAUUUGUUCCAAUUAUAUUGGAAUUGUAUAGAAGGGACCAAGAUAUUGCGUUUUUGGCUACAUGUAGCCUUCACAGUCUAUUGAGUGCCUCUUUACUCUCUGAAAACGGUUCUCCUUUGCUUGAUUUUGAGGAUCUCACAGUUGUUUUAUCGACACUUCUUCCAGUUCUUUGUAAUUAUACAGACGUCAAAGGGAGUUCAGAUUUCUCAGUUGGCCUCAAGACAUAUAAUGAAGUUCAACAUUGCUUUCUUACUGUUGGGCUGGUGUAUCCUGAGGAUCUAUUUAUUUUUCUUUUAAACAAAUCCAAGUUGAAAGAAGAUCAUAUGACUUUUGGUGCUCUUUGCGUCCUGAAGCAUCUGUUGCCCAGGUUGUCCGAAGGUUGGCAUAAUAAAAGGUCGGCACUGAUAGAAGCCAUUACGGCGCUCUUAGAGGAGCAUAAUUUGGGGGUUUGUAAAGCACUUGCAGAGCUAAUAGUUGUUAUGGCUUCCCACUGUUACUUGGUUGGUCCUUCUGGGGAGCUGUUUGUUGAAUAUCUUGUACGACAUUGUGCCAUGUCAGAUCAAGAAAUUGAUGACAUUAUUAGUUCGAAAGAUAUAUUUAAGCCAAGCUACCUGUAUUAUUCAUUUCAGCAAAAGAGAUCAGAGGUGAAAAUUGGGGCUGUUCGUCCAACAGAGUUAAGGGCAAUAUGUGAAAAAGGUCUCCUUUUGAUAACCAUAACUAUUCCUGAAAUGGAGCAUGUUCUUUGGCCAUUCAUGUUGAAGAUGAUUAUACCGCGUGUAUACGCUGGUGCAGUUGCCACGGUUUGUAGAUGCAUAUCAGAUAUGUGCAGGCAUAGAUCUCUUCAUAAUGAUAGGAUGAUACGUGAAUGUAGAACUCGUGUUGAUAUUCCACGCCCUGAGGAGCUUUUUGCACGUUUGGUGGUGCUUCUUCAUGAUCCUCUUGCAAGGGAGCAACUGGCUACUCAAAUUUUGACGGUGCUGUGUUACUUGGCGUCUCUAUUUCCAAAAAAUGUGAACAUGUUUUGGCAAGAUGAGAUUCCAAAAAUGAAAGCAUAUGUCAGCGACGCAGAAGACCUUAAACAAGACCUCUGUUAUCAAGAGACGUGGGAUGAUAUGAUAAUCAAUUUUCUGGCUGAAACAUUGGAUGUUGUCCAAGACACCGAUUGGGUCAUUUCUCUAGGAAAUGCUUUUGCGAAACAGUAUGAACUUUAUACGUCUGAUGACGAGCAUUCUGCACUACUUCACCGAUGUCUCGGGAUACUUCUUCAGAAAGUCGAUAACAGGACUUAUGUUCGUGAUAAGAUAGACUGGAUGUACAAGCGAUCAAAUAUUACCAUUCCUGAAAAUCGGCUAGGUUUGGCAAAAGCCAUGGGAUUGGUUGCGGCAUCCCACUUGGACACUGUUCUGGAUAAACUUAAAGAAGUUCUUGACAACAUUGGGGAGAGUAUUUUGCAGAGAUUUCUAUCCUUUUUCUCAGAUAAAAGUAAGAUGAAAGAUUCUGAUGAUAUUCAUGCUGCAAUGGCUCUGAUGUAUGGAUAUGCUGCAAGAUAUGCGCCAUCUACUGUAAUUGAAGCCAGAAUAGAUGCACUUGUGGGCACUAAUAUGCUGUCCCAUCUUCUAAUUGUACGCCACCCUAGUGCGAAGCAAGCUGUUAUCACUGCCAUUGACCUACUAGGACGUGCUGUCAUUAAUGCUGCAGAAAGUGGUAUAUCAUUCCCUUUGAAAAAAAGAGACCAAUUGCUUGACUACAUACUAACUCUGAUGCGUCGAAAUGAUGAAGAUGGUUUUUCUGAUUUGAGUGUUGAGCUCUUACACACUCAGGCCCUUGCUUUAAGUGCUUGCACUACUUUGGUAUCUGUGGAUCCAAAGUUGACAAAUGAAAUGCGGAACAUUGUCAUGAAGGCCACCUUAGGAUUUUUUGCUUUGCCAAAUGAUCCUGCUGGCGCAGUGAAUCCUCUUAUUGACAACCUUAUUACCCUUAUGUGUGCAAUUCUUCUCACGAGUGGGGAGGAUGGAAGAAGUCGUGCAGAGCAGCUCUUGCAUAUCUUGAGGCAGAUUGAUCAGUAUGUUUCCUCACCCCUCGACUAUCAGAGAAAAAGAGGAUGCCAUGCAGUUUAUGAGAUGCUGCUGAAAUUUCGGACCCUUUGCAUUACUGGUUACUGUGCCCUUGGUUGCCAGGGAAGUUGCAAGCACAUCAAGCAAAUUGAUCGCAGCUCACGGUUCAAUGUUGCAAAAUUGCCUUCUGCAUUUCUUUUGCCAAGUCGAGAUGCCUUAUGCUUGGGAGAUAGAGUCAUAGUGUACCUUCCACGUUGUGCAGAUACAAAUUCUGAAGUUAGAAAAGUGUCUGCUCAGAUUUUAGACCAGUUUUUUGAUAUAUCUCUGUCUCUUCCGAGGCCUGUAGCUUCUAAUAGCACACCUAUUGAAUCGUCCUAUGCUGCUUUGUCAUCACUUGAGGACGUUAUAGCCAUAUUGAGAAGAGACACAUCUAUUGAUCCUUCAGAAGUAUUUAACCGCGUCAUUUCAUCUGUUUGUAUAUUGCUGACAAAAGAUGAGCUGGUGGCUACACUUCAUGGUUGUUCUGUUGCUAUAUGUGAUAAGAUUAAGCCGUCAGCAGAAGGUGGUAUACAGGCAGUCAUUGAGUUCGUUACCAAAAGGGGAAAUGAGUUGAACGAGACUGAUAUAUCAAGGACUGCCCAAUCUUUGCUUUCUGCUGCAAUUCAUGUGACUGAGAAAUAUUUACGCCAUGAAACACUUGUUGCUAUCUCUUCUCUAGCUGAACAUACCUGUCCGAGAGUUGUUUUCAGUGAAGUACUGACUGCUGCUGCAAGAGAUAUAGUUACCAAGGAUAUACUUAGAAUGCCAGGUGGUUGGCCAAUGCAGGAUGCAUUUUAUGGACCUUCGCCUCAAGGAUCACAUGAAUUGUUAUGUGUGUCUAACAUGCAUUUGAUAUCUGCGCUGAGCUGCAUUUCUGGGCAUAAAGGCGACAUAGGAAAAGGAGACCUUUCUGGGGAUUCUGUUGUGGCCCGUACUGAGAAUGAUAUUCUGCAGGCUGCUAUUGUUGCGCUGACUGCAUUUUUCAGAGGAGGUGGUAAAAUUGGGAAGAGAGCAGUUGAAAACAAUUACGCAUCUGUUACUGCCAUUCUUACUCUUCAUUUAGGAAGCUGUCACAGUCAAUCUGUUUCUGGGCAGCAUGAGGAACUACGCACUCUUUUAAUAGCGUUUCAGGCAUUUUGUGAAUGUGUUGGGGACCUUGAAAUGGGAAAGAUUUUGGCCAGAGAUAGAGAGCACAAUGUUAAUGAAAUGUGGAUCAAUCUUAUUGGUGACUUGGCUGGCUGUAUUUCUAUAAAAAGGCCUAAAGAGGUUUCAGCAAUAUCAGUUAUUCUAAGUAAAUACUUGAAUCAACCUGUGAGAUUCCAAAGAGAAGCUGCAGCAGCAGCAUUGUCGGAGUAUGUACGUUACAGCAAUGAAGGAUCUUCUUCAGUAUUGGAGGAGAUAGUUGAAGCAUUGUGUCGGCACGUGUCAGAUGAUUCCCCUAUGGUCAGGCGUCUUUGUCUACGAGGACUCGUGCAGAUACCACCUAUCCAUAUUAAUAUGUACACAAAAGAAAUCCUUGGUGUAAUAUUGGCGCUGCUAGAUGAUUCAGAUAACUCAGUUCAAUUGACUGCAGUGUUAUGCUUGCUUUCGAUUCUUCAGUCAUCACCAGAAGGUGUGGAGCAUGUUCUACUUAAUUUGUGUGUGCGGCUUCGUAAUCUUCAGGUGUCCAUGGACACAAAGAUGAGAGCAAAUGCUUUUGCAGCAUUUGGAGCACUAAGUGACUACGGUUCUGGGGCACAACAUGACGCUUUUCUCGAACAGGUACAUGCUGUCUUGCCACGCUUGGUUCUUCAUCUUCUUGAUGAAGAAUAUUCUGUUCGUCAAGCUUGCCGGAUUACAAUCAAACGGGUCGCUCCCCUUAUGGAACUUGACGAUUUGAUUCUUCUUCUCAACACGCAUCGUUUUAUUUCCGAUCACAGGAGCGACUAUCAAGACUUUCUUAGAGAUCUGGCGAGGCAAUUCGUUCAGCAUCUGGCUUCCAGAGUUGAUACUUAUAUGGCAUCAAUAAUACAGGCUGUUGAUGCUCCUUGGCCUGCUAUCCAGGCGAAUGCCAUUUAUUUAUCCAGCAGCAUGCUUGCUUUGACAGACGAUCAACACAUUUCAGCGUCUUAUUAUUAUCAGGUGUUUGGAUUGUUGGUUGGGAAAGCAAGUCGGUCUACAGAUGCAAUUGUGAGAGCAACGUGUUCUUCGGCCUUAGGCAUGUUACUCAAGUCUGCAAACUUGAUUUCGUGGAGAGCUGAUCGGCUUGAUCGUAUAGACUCAGGCAGGAGCAGCAUUGAUUCAGAAUCUAGUACAAGGAGGUCAUGAAUCUGUUUGAAUAUUGUAAAAAGUGUAGAAGGAAGUUUUUGGAUGUGUGCAUAUAACUUGACAAAGAUUGCAUAAGUUGUAAAGUUUUUUUUGCUAGAAUUUGUGUUGUAAAUGUUACGUCAAGAUUUCCAUACCACUUUUUUUUUACUUUUCUUUUCACCUCCAAACAGAGCUUUGUGGAAUUUGUGUUAUAGCAUUUUUCUAUAGAAAUUGUGUUUUAAA